UGGAGCUCGUCUAGGCUGGGGAAGCGGCUCCAGGCCGCGGUUCUGAUUACGGAAGCGCGGAGGCCGCCUCUGUCGGUCCCGUUCUCCCUUCGUCUCCCCCCUGCUCGUCGAGCCGUAAGACGAAAAAAGGGGGCGCGCCCCGAGCGAGAGGUGCAGAAGAAUGAGGCUCGUGAGGCCCUGGCUCGUCCUGGCGCUUUUAGGUUGGAGCCACUGCAGCGGGUUUAACACCCGGGAACCGCAGACGGAAGUUCCUCCUCCCAAAAAUGUUACUGUAAACUCAUAUAAUGAGAAGAUCUCUGCAUACUGGGCUUAUGAAAGUCCAUCCUUAAAACCUCUAUUUACGGUGAUGAUCAAGUGCUAUAGCACUGGUGUUAGCAAGAAAGUGGAUACUUGCAUAAACAUAAAGCAAAACUAUUGUGAUCUUACCAACAAAACUGAUAACUGUGAAACUUUCUGGGUUGGAGUGAAAGCUCUUUCUGGACAACACCAAUCUAACUAUAUUGAACAAAAGUUUGAUGUUCUCAGGGAUGGCCAAAUAGGACCUCCAAAGUUCAAUCUUUCCAUUGAUAAUCAGGACAUUGUAGUCAAUAUUGAACCACCUUUAUUUCCAUAUUAUGACCUGAUGGAUGAGUUCACCUACAAAUUGUUCGUUUGGAAAAACGGAGAUCGAGAAGGGCAACAAGAGGUUAUCUCAGAUGACUGCUCUCUUGAGCUAUGCAAUGUAUCUCUGUCUGUGUCUUUGGAUACCUCUUACUGUAUUUCCACUCAAGUCAUUUCACUGUCACUAAACAAGGUUGGUGAAGAAUCAGAAGAAAAAUGCAUCUCACCAACUCCCAAGUUCAGCCUAGGCUUUCCACUAUUGAUAAGUUUUGGAAUUGUUUUCCUGGUUAUUGUGGUAAUCAUUCUUACUUAUAAAGUGCUUAUAAAAUUUCAGGAGAGAAAAAUUACGCUUCCGAAAUCUCUGGUGACCGUGGUAAGAAACCAAGUAGGUAAUACCGAAUAUAAGUCAGAAUGCAGAUAUGACAUUAUAACAUCAACAUCCUACAAGCCAAUGGAACUGUGUGAAGAUGAAAAACCAGCAGAGAAAUUAGAUGUCACCGAGAAGGCAAAAAUCACUGAUCCCAAUUAUAGCAAAGACCUAGAUAUCGAUAGUUCCCAAGGAAUCCAGAAAGGAGAAAAGAGCACUCAAGAAGAUAUGGCUGUAGAAAUCUCUGAAAAUGAACAUAUUCAUGAAGAUGGCAUCACAGAUUACUCUAAAUCGAUCACUGGCCAAGACACAUGUCCUGAUCUUCAAAAUCUGGAUCUUCCCAGAGCAGAUGUCCUAAACCCAAAACCCACUGUUCUAAGGUGCUCACUAAAACCGUCUGGGUAUGACAAACCCCACUGGGUUGACUGAAGUUUUAGAGAUGAAUUCCAAUGACUCUCCAAAAAUUAGGAAAGCCAUUUUUACUAUGAAAGAGCAUUAUUGGAAACUUCAUCAGAAGCAUCCAUGCUUGUGAGCACUUUAAUCCUUGCAGUAGAGUAGGUAUUCAUAUAGUUUGAUGGUAUCAAACCUGAGAUGAGAACUUGUAGAUGCCAAAAAACUGAACUGAAGCUGCACUCGUAUAGAUGCUUGGUAAAAAAAAAAAAAAAAAGUCCUAUUGUAUUAACUCCAUUUUGAAUAGAUAUUCAUAAGAUUCUAAUAGAAUGAUUUCAUAAUAUGCCAAGAUGCUGUAUUGACAUCCCUUUGUUAAGAAGCUGGUAUUUUCUAAAUAUGUUAUGCUAUAAAUCCUAUCAUUCUUUGCUAGUGGCCUUGAUGAUUGUAUGCUGGUGGGCUAGAAUGGUUGGAGAGCACUAUUCUGCCCUUUGUUCUCACGGCAAUUACUUUUAUCCUGCCCAAAGUAUGAUAAUGUUUAAAGAUAGGAGGAUUAACUGAUAAGAGGCUUCUGUCCAUACUGGUCAGUGGAAGAGACUGGGACUAUUACAAGUAUAGUUUUCUAUAUGUAGUAGGGGCAGUUUGUGAAGUUGCCUUUUUUCUAAUGGAAGAAAAAUCCAAAAAGACCAACUUUUAAAGAAAUACUAGAAAAGUAUAGGUUUCAGCUAAGACAGGGUUGUCAAACUCAAAGCCUGCGGGCCAGAUCCGGCCUGCAGGGUGCUUAGAUCUGACUUGCGAGGUUGCCAUGGAAACAGCAAAGGACCAGCCUGAGAGCUGCGUGCAGUCCUCCUGUGCUCCAUUUUUGGCUGCGACAGCCUCCUGCAGCUCUUUGCCAGCGAAAACAGCUCAGGAGGGCCACACAUGGCAGAGUGCUGCAGGAGGAUCCCCCACAGCCAACCCGGGCCACCACAGGUGCCCCUGACACAAGUGACGUCAAGCUGGACACACCCACUCUGGCCCCCCAAGGUCAAACAACCCUGAUGCGGCCCUCAGUGAAAUAGAGUUUUGACACACCUGAGUUAAGGCAUUUCCACAGAGAACUUGGAAAGACCAUAGUAAGUAGAUGGAGCUAUAUUGUAGUCAAGGACUUUCACUUUAUGUAAAAUGGCUUACUGGUUUCUGCAUGUAUUAGAUUUGUACCCUACUAUAUAUAUAUGACUCAUAACUGUAUGGACAAAUGUUAUCUUUGCAGAUAUGGUAAAUACUUGCACCAUUUGUGUCAAAUAAUUGGGCCAUGAUAAAUACUUGGGCCAUGUGUUAGUGUCCAAAUUUACAGUAUCUAUUUUGCCAUGUGAUUAUUAAUCUUCACUCUGCAUUGGAAAGUGGUGCACAAGUAGUUUACAACUGUGACAAACGCAAUGGC